AUGUACUUGGGCGGAGCGCAAGCUGCGGACCCUAAUAAUGGAAAUCUGGCCGGACUGCUGCGUCGCAUUACGGCAGGGGAGAAGGAGCAGCGGUUCCAGGCAUGCACGGAACUCAGGCGCGCGAUCCUGGACCUGAGUGAUGCCAAGAUACUCAGCUGCAGUCCACUGGCAAUCCUACGGCAGUUGGAUGAACAGUUUUACCUGAGACUCAACAGCGAGGUCAAGAAAGAAAUCGCAAAAUGUAUAAGUGCCCUUGGAUUUCGAAUGGGCGUCCGCUGUGCAGAGGUUUCGCUGGGUCCACAAAGCAACUACAAAGCGGAUGAGCGAAUUCACAUGGUUUCUCAACAGUCUGGCGUAGGGCGUAUACCUGGUCGGAUGUGCUUCGCCGGUUGGGAAGUGAGAAAGAGUAGCUGCUCCGUUGCUGACUGUGACAUUCGUCGCCUUUUUUUCGACGUGGUCGUGCUGCUGCGCCUCCUGCUGCCAGAAUGCGAGAAGCAGUUUCUCGUCACCGAUUUUUUGCAUCGUGCCUCAGUUCUCCUUGGUAACCCAGGCGACGACGGAGCCGAUGUAACGUUGAAUCACGGCACUGCCAUGAGUAGUAGUUAUCUAAGUUUUACGGGAGAUCUCGCCACUUUCCGUAACCCUCCUUCCUUCUCAUCCAGGCUUGUCACCGUCAACGGCAGAGUUCAGAUGACGAAAUGCUGUCCAAAAUACACCGGCGUAGUCCUGCGGUACAUCGUGAAGUGCAAGAAAGUGGUGGAGAAGAUUUUGAUGUUAAUUGCACCGUGGCGUCGGUACAUUUCUUGGCUGUUCGAAAACUAUGAUAAUUGUACGAACAACGACAUCAGAGCUCUGUAUAUGCAAGCCCUGACCAUGAGUUACAACUACGACAGAAGCGCCGGUCAUUUCGAGAAAGUAACGCCGGACGUUGUUGAUAUUGUGAUCGGUUGGUACUUGGAUACCUCACUCGAAAAAGAGUACACAGCGAGUUAUGAAAAUGCACUGAUGAAACUGCAGUAUUUCUGGCUAAACGACAUGCAGUUUACAUUAAUGCUUCUGUCACAAUUUUUGGAAGACGCAGAAGCUUACGUGGAGGAUUUGAUGGGAAAUUUAGCGAACAGACGGUUUGACCAGCUGAAGCCGGAAUAUGUUAUUAAGACUGCGAGUUUAAUUAAGGCUUUCAAAACCAUUUUGUCGGCCAUCGCUGAAUGCAUCGCCGUGACUCCGGAAAAUUUUGCUUAUGUGGCAUUUGUUAACGAUGCCGUAUCAAAGAUUAAUUACUGCAUUCGGCAUUGCCUGAAGAUACGAAUACCGAUGGCGUCGCGGGUAUUAAACGCAAGCAUUAGCGCACUGCAGACCUUGUUCGAUUUGUGUCGCUUAAGUCCGGACAUGAUUACACCUGCCUUAAUCGACAUUGGAUGCAUCGUUGGUAAAGAUCCUUCCGACAUCGACACUGAAAAUUUGUGUUCCCUUGUGUCACUUUUGAAGAAGGUAUCGCUAAAAACUUCUCCAGAUAUCAUGGUUGGUUACGUCCGCUGUUUAAUCGGCAUAAGCGGAGUUUACUACAAUUUGCGAUUUCACAACAAUCAGCGAGUAUGUUCGUACUUUUCGAUCGAACAUGAUUCAUUAUUCGAUGGCUUGCAGGUUUCAGCUGAAGUUUUGGAUGCAUACAAAGGCCUUUUGGUUCCGAGAGGAGUCAAGUACUUGCAAGAAGCAUACAGGUAUAUAACGGGCGAGAUGUUCUGCUGUCUUAGGGUGAUGCGCUGUCAUAGCAGUGACCAGGAUGACGUUACUUCACAUUUCGGUGUCGACGAUGCAUUAUGGCCUGACGAAAAGCUGAAAUAUUCGUUGUCGUUUGCAGAAACGGUGAUGUCUUACCUGCUUGUAACCUUGACCGAAAUUGCAACAGCGAAAAAUUCAGUUAUCGGCGUAAGCUGUACUUGA